CCUCAUCUUUACAUGGUGGAGAAGGGUGCUGCAUUAAGUGGGUAAUAUAUAUGACACAUUCACCACCAUGCUGGACCCAGAGAAAAAGUUCAGCCCUUGGAAACACCAAUACAUCCUCAGAAAGCGGGUGUUGAAAUGUUUCCUUUUAUAUUCAUGAUCCCCUCUGGUUCCGGCCCGCACAGAGGCUCCCUUCUCUAGCUCACCAUCUCCCAGUACAAGGAAUACAAAAUAUAAAACCUCCAUGUUCCUAGGAAAACUUUUUGUUCCUGUUGGGGUUUUAAUUUUUUGGUGUUUGUUUUGUUUUCUUCAGUGAGGGGAAGGCUUGUUGCCGUGGUCACCAACGUGUCACGUCAGGGGUUGACCACUCUGCUGCUGUCAGCACUGUAAACACCAUCGGGGAGAGAGUCAGCGCAGGUCUCCACCCUCUCCUCCACCCCCUCCAGCUGGUCUCAUUGAGGGACAGGCCCUGAAGCUCUGCAUGGGGCCUGCCUGUCACGGUAGGCCAUCCCCUAACCAGCUUCCACAGCAGAACUCAGAGGUCCCCUUGAGGUCUGGUGGCUAGGCCGAGGGUAGGAAACAUCGACACCUUCCCUGGUAACCCACCCAAUGUCCUGACGCAGGUGUUCCAGGACCUGGACUGAGGAUACCUUCAAAUACAAAAGCUGUUCAGACUCAACUUCUUGAAAGCUGAUCUUCAGUGUUCUGAUGAAAGGAGAUUCUCACACCAGACGUGUCAGUGGGAGAAUGACCUGGAGACAUCCUGUUAGGCUUCUGCUUAUGAUCAGUUUGGCAUUACAGAUCAUUCAUUCUGGAAACAGCUAUCAAAUAGAGAAACAUAAAGGUAAUACAGAAGAAAUUAACAAUGCGACCACCCCGAAACUCCAGCUGAAAACGCUCAACUGGACCUUGAAUAAUUUCAAGGAGGUGAAUGCCAGUGCAGAGGGCUGGAGGCCGGAUUCACCACUCUACUCCUGGUCUCUGGAAGAGCGUGCGCCCCCGCGGCCGCGCUGCUGCAGGAACGGCGGCACCUGCGUGCUGGGCAGCUUCUGCGUGUGCCCCGCCCACUUCACCGGCCGCCACUGCGAGCACGACCAGAGGCAGAGCGAGUGCGGCGCCCUAACGCACGGAGCCUGGACCUUCCGCGGCUGCCGCCUGUGCAGGUGCUUGUUCGCAGCCCUGCACUGCCUCCCGCGCCAGACACCCGGCCGCUGCGAGGUUAAAUGAUGACAUGGAGAGGCUAAUGCCUUUGAGGGAAAAUCUUCAUUACUUACAUGGCCCCAGAGGAGGGGCCGUGCCACACCACGCAGCCCCACCUGAAGAGGCUGGUCAGGAGACUGAAGCAGAAACGAGGAGAAUGCAGAGCCCAGAGGCUUUACUGUGGUUUCUGUGGACAAAGCGAGGCUGGGCAGGGCGACAGCUUCCAACUGGCUGGUUUGAAUGAGGUCAGCAGGCCCUAGGUGGUCAGGGUGGUCUCCGCGGGUGUGGACU